UUGGCUUGAGGUGGGGUGGGAGGAGGAGUAGUGUUAAGGAAGUAGGAAAUCCAGAGCUUUGAAGAGUUUUGUAAAUAAAAAAAGUGUCUGUUCUGUUAGCUGGGCAACUUUUCUCUGACGUUUUUGCCUUUGGUUAUUUGGAUUUUAUUUUUUCUGCAUUUUGUCCUUGAUUUGGUGUUUUAACGGCCUGUUCAUACCUUUUAGUUAUUUCGUUUUGCUUAAUUCCUGGUCUUCAGCUGUAUCAUGGCCACGUUCUUCAAGAAGAAGACGGUGGACGAUAUUAUUAAAGAUCAGAAUCGUGAAUUAAGGGGAACCCAGAGAGCUAUAACAAGAGAUCGUGCAGGUUUGGAAAAGCAAGAAAAGCAGCUGGAGCUGGAAAUUAAGAAGAUGGCCAAAACUGGUAACAAAGAUGCCUGCAAAAUUCUAGCCAAACAACUUGUCCAGGUGCGGAAGCAAAAGACACGAACGUAUGCAGUCAGCUCCAAAGUCACGUCUAUGUCUACACAGACCAAAGUUAUGGGCUCACAGAUGAAAAUGGCUGGUGCUAUGACUACUACAGCUAAGACCAUGCAAGCAGUUAACAAAAAGAUGGACCCCCAGAAAACACUACAAACUAUGCAGAAUUUCCAGAAGGAGAAUAUGAAGAUGGAGAUGACUGAAGAAAUGAUUAAUGACACACUAGAUGACAUUUUUGAUGACUCUGCUGAUGAGGAAGAAAGCCAGGACAUUGUGAACCAGGUGCUGGAUGAAAUUGGAAUUGAAAUCUCGGGGAAGAUGGCAAAUGCUCCUUCAGCUGGAAAAGGACUUCCAUCAGCGUCUAAAUCUACAGCCAUAUCUGAUGAAGAGAUCGAACGUCAGCUGAAGGCAUUGGGUGUGGAUUAAAGGUCCAUGAUGCUAUACAGAUUAAAUUAUGGACAUCUGCCUCAAAGGAUUUGAAAGCAGCAGCUUCUGAGAUGUGUUUUAUUGGCACAUCUGUCAAAGCAUGCUUAUUACCACUGACCCCUAGCAAAUAAUUUACUGUCAUGGAUCGUCUAAUGGACUUAAUGUGAUUGAAAUCAUAAAAGAUUGUCAAAAAGCAAUGGUAACAACCGUGUACUCUUUGCCAUUAAUAUAAUUUUAACAGCAUCUCUACUGGGAAUGAGUCACAAAUUGAUAUAUUUUUAGUUUUGCUAUGUGUGUCUUUUAACACUGACAGCCAUAUUACCUGUACUCGCUUUGUGAUUCUUCCUUUUUGUGCAUGUUGAAAUAAUAUGGAAUAUAAAGAAAUCAGUCGAGGCAAACCUUUUAAUUAAUUUGUGUUGUCACUGAGAUUCAUAUCCCAGGACUCAAAGUAUAAUGGUAGCAACAAACACACUCCACUGAAAGGCAAACUUGACAGGGAGGAAGAGGUUCCCAAAGCAGUACAAGAAUGGAAUGUGCAAUUGUAAGAUGAGGUUCAUUUGAAGAGCAGGAUAUAAAUCGGUGCAGACCUCAGUUAAUCGACCAAGGCCUAUUGCUAAACAGUCGAUACAUUUCAGAUGUUUGUAUUACACUGCUACUUUUCAAUCUGGUUUUUAAGUUCUCUGUGUAUUUUUUGGUACUGACCUAUAAUUCCUGUAUAGAACAUUAUUAGACUAUCACAAAGUAAUGAAGGGUAUUAUAAUGUCUAAGCAUUUUAUAAUUAACCAUAUUUUCAUUUUUAAUAUUCUCAGGAUUCUGGUCACCUCGUAAGCAUCCUUUCACUUUAUCUUCCCCAGUUUACAAGUACUAUUAAAGCUAACAUAAAUAUAGAAUUUUUCUUCAACUUUAGUGAAUUUCUUAACCUUUGGAAAAUUUUUUUUUUACAGAGUGAAAUGUCAUUUGUUUUUCUCCAGUGAAUGAAAUGAAUACUGAUUGCAUGUUCUCUAAAUUUAGUAAAUUUCUAGAUAUUUGAAAGAAAAUGCUUUAUACUUCUCGGGAAGUAAAAUGGCAUCAGUUUUCAUAGCCGGAUGAUUUUGCAUGAGGGUCAGAAACAUUCCCAGCCCAUUAGUUUCUUGCCUGUGUGGUAAAAGUUGUCUACAGAAGCCAUUAUUUGGGCAACCAUCCAAGCUUUUUCUGCUCUAAGCCCUAACACCUCUGCUGGUGGCUGAAGUGAUGCUCACAUAUAUGUGGGUCUACUCCCUUACUGGAAGCUGUGCACACACCUUUAUACACAUCUCCAAAGGAAUCAUACAAAAAAAAAUGUUUGGCAGAAUUACUAAACCUAUAUCCUUGGCCCCAAGGUGUUGGCACUGCUAAUGGCUGAAUUGCCACCUUCUCCCCACAGAUGGGUAAGAAGGUACAUGCUGCUCACUCCUGCCCUCCCCACCCAACUAGUCAGUAGCUGAAUGCUGAGUCGUCUGCAUCGUAAGCAGGGCUGCAUCUACCUACUCCAUGAAGCCAGGUUAGAUCCAGCUUUCAUAUUAACAGUUUAUAAUGUGUUAAACAUUAGCUAGGUAGGUUGUGACACUGAAGCAAGUAUGAGCAAACGUGACCAGGCAAAGCGUAACCUCUGUAGAGUAAUACUAAGGAAUGAACAUUUCUUAGGUGGCUUUUGGCUGGAUGCUUUUUGUUUUGUUCGCUUGGAAAGCAGAAUGUCUUUUUGAAUGUUCUGAGUCUUCUGCUACUGAUGAAAUAUUUUUGAUGCCAUUAUUGCCCAUUACCUACAUUACAAGUUGGGGGUUAGCUACAGUUCAGUUUUUGUGAUCAGUUUGUCUAUUUACUUUGUUGAUUAAUACUGUAUAUGACUUCUGAAGAACUAAGUAAUUAGUAUAAUAUAAAAGUUGUUGCUGAUACUGUGUUGUGGCAUUCUGAUUGGCCAAAAAUAUCUUCAAGGCAACCAGAAUCCCCCAGUUCCAUGUUGAAGUUUAAGUAACCAGUCAGAAUGUAUUGCAUUUUCUGCCUCUAGCAUUACUUGCUUAAAGUUCUUUGCAAGUUCUAUAUGUGGUACGUCCAGUAAGGUACAUGAAAAUCAGUUACUGGAGACUUGAGUCCCUUUCCCUAUUUCCACACUUACCUGUGCUUAAGUUAAAACAUACAUUAUUGAGUAUUUAUUUUUAUGUCCAUUUGUAACAUUGUGUAUUUUUAUUCUUAAGCUUUGUUAGAGUCUGGCUCUCAUGUUUCACUUCUGAGAGCAGUUCUGGUGGAUAGAGUUCUCAAACAAAAAUAACAUUGGUAUGAUUAGUCAUGUAAUCGUACUUAUCUGUUACAAUGUCAACUUUUGUGAAGUAAACUGAGCUCAUAAAGAACUGAGAGCAGUGGGCCAGUGUUUGUGUUAGGGUCUAUAUCAUAUGAUCGCAAGACCAUAUGAUUGAGAGUGAGAAGACUGAAUCUCAGAACGUUGAACUGGCUUCUCAUCCAGAAGUCGGUAUUGUUUUGGGAUCAGAUGUUUGCCCUUUCCCCAAUGUGGAACAAUAUUGAGUUCAUUUCGAGCCUAUGCAGGGGUGAGGGGUUGCAAGGGGGCUUGCCCCCCCCCUGCAAAAAACACUAUUCAGUCUCAGUCAUAUAAAAUAAAUUGUGUUAAUAUGUAUAGAAAGAAAGCAAUGCUGUCUGAAGAUAUGUACAAAAUAGUUUUUAUAAAUUGUUAUCCAAGUCCUUGAGGUUUCUACAGAAGGCAUACUGGGUACUGGAUUGCUCUGAUUGCUUACUUUGAGCGCUUAUUAAGCGAGAGGUUUAUCAUUCUAUAUUUUAUUUUCUGAUCAAAUUUGCGUUGCAGGUGAUGUGUUUCUAGUUCCUUUGUGUAAUUUUAUUUGCGGGGUUAUUUUUCUGAUUACACUGUGUGUAUAUUUGAACUUCUGUUAAUUGCAGAUUAUUUUCUGAAAAUUGUUUUCAGCAGUUUAUUCACAUGUAUGGAACCUGCUUUUAAUGUAGCUAAGAAUGCAUUUGCUGGAAAUCUCAAGUCAGUAUGGUUAUGGAUAAAGGUGAACUUUGUAAAUAAGACCCAGUUUUUUGGGGCUUUAAUAAAAAAUAAGUAAAUAAU